AUGUCGGUAAUUCCAGGCUUGGGUACGGAUCAUUCAAUCCCAUCUUUAGAAGGAUCAAGUGCUGAAAAGAUACUGAGCCUAGAGAUUCCAGGGAAAUCAGAAUGGAGGUUUGAAGUGCCCUUUAGAACUAUUUUGAAGUUGAAGGUCCUACAAGGAAUUGGAGAAAUAUUUGGUACUGAAUUACCAACAAAUGUUGAAAUAGAUCUAACAGGGGUUAAGUAUUCGUUAUAUGCGCCUUUAGAAGAAGGGUGUAAGAUUCAAUACUAUUCCGUACCAAAUAAACAUAAUUUAAGUUCUACUAAUGAGGAAAGUGAGAUUAUUGAAUACAUCAGUGAAGAGACGUCGAUGAAUUCUUACAUUAAUUUACACAUGGCUCUAGAAGCUGUUAGGCAAGAAGUAGCUGAUCAUAACUUAUUAAAUCCUGAAGACAUGAAGGUUGGACCAAGAACUUUAAUCAUAGGUAAUAGACAAUCUGGAAAGACUGCUCUUUGUAAAAUUUUAUCGUCAUACGCAUUGAAGAUGGAUAGAACUCCUGUUUUGGUUAAUCUCAAUCCACAAGAUGGUGUUUUUUCAAUACCUGGAUCGUUGACGGCCACUCCUAUCAGUGAUACAUUCGACUUGGAGAGCGUCAACGGCUGGGGUGGCUCAACGACAUCUGGUUCCACUCUUCACAACCCCAAACAACCAUUGGUAAAGAACUAUGGUUUCACGAAUAUCAAGGACAAUGACGAGCUUUACAAGUAUCAAAUUUCGAGGAUGGGUGUUGCAGUGAUGUCCAGAAUUGAAGAGGAUAUUAAUGUUAGAAAUGGCGGCUUAAUUAUCGAUACUCCACCAUUAUCUAUUAAAGACUUCAAUAUAAUAGAAAAUAUAGUUUCUGAUUUCGAAGUCACUGUCAUUGUUGUGAUUGGAAAUGAAAGGUUGUCAAUUGAUUUAAAGAAGAAAUUGAAACAUAAAUUAUCAAGUGGUCAAUUGAACAUUCUUAAAGUCCCGAAGAGUGGUGGAGUCGUUGAGGUCGACGAUUCUUUUAUUCGAAAGCUACAGGAGGAAACAAUAAAGGAAUAUUUCAAUGGAAAUUUCAGGACUCCCUUGUCACCAUUUAAAACAGAAGUUGAUGCGUAUGAUUACGUGAUAUAUACCGGAGUUGAAGCACUGGAAUUUAACUCUUCGCUUUCAUUCUUACCAGCAGGAGACUCCUUCACUCCGGAGGACUCUGAGAUGAAUGGUCGCGAUUCACAAGAAGUCAACACUCUUGAAAAAUACUAUUCAUUGGUCAGCGAGCCCUCGGCCUCUAAUUUAGAUAAUGUUAUUCUUGCCAUAACUCAAUUGCCUCAGAAAAACAAGCUGGCCAAGGAUUUAUUGAAUACGUGUGUACUCGGGUAUGUCCACGUUUCAAAAGUCGAUGAUACUAAGCGUAGAAUGAAAGUAUUAUUGCCUUUUCCUGGUGGCUUUCCCAGGAACAUAUUAAUAGCAACCAACAUUAGAUACACUGAAUAG